UCAAACCUUUGCCUGGAAACCUUUCAAGUUUCAACUUUCCCUUUCAACAACUGUCUUCAGUGCCUCUUUACCCCAAUUAUGACACCAAACAUCCUCACGCUUACUCUCUUCCUCUUCGUCUUCGUCUCCUUCCUCUGCCAUGAAGAAAGCUCUUCUCUUUCUUCUUACCCUUUCUCUCAUCCUCCUAAACUCAGUUUCAGCCGUUGAUUUCGUCUUCAACGGCUUCAAUGACUCUUCAUCUCGUAUCUCCCUCUACGGGAUCGCCACAAUCGAAUCCAAUAUCCUAACUUUAACCAACCAGACAUCGUUUGAGACUGGUCGUGCUCUGUACAGCAAAAUCAUCCCGACAAAAGAUCCAGUUACUUCCUCUGUUUUGCCUUUCUCUACUUCUUUCAUCUUCGCCAUGGCUCCUUACAAGAACACGCUUCCUGGUCACGGAAUCGUCUUCCUCUUCGCACCCACCACUGGAAUUAACGGUUCUAGCUCUGCUCAACACUUGGGUCUCUUCAAUUUGACUAACAAUGGUAACCCUAGUAAUCACAUCUUUGGAGUUGAGUUUGACGUUUUUGCUAAUCAAGAGUUCAGCGACAUCGAUGCUAAUCAUGUUGGCAUCGAUGUUAAUUCGCUUCAUUCAAUGUAUUCAAACACAUCUGGGUAUUGGUCUGAUGACGGAGUGUUUAAGCCGUUGAAGCUUAACGAUGGAAGAAACUAUCAAGUUUGGAUUGAUUACAGAGAUUUUGUACUUAAUGUUACUAUGCAAGUCGCUGCUACAGGGAGAUUAGUUCAGAGUCAUAAGAUUCUAGCUUGGAGUUUUAGUAACUCGAAUUUCUCCUUGAGUGAUAGUUUGAUCACGACUGGUUUGCCUUCGUUUGUUCUACCAAAGGACUCAAUUGUUAAAAAGAAAUGGUUUAUUGCUGUAUUGGCAUUGAUCUGUAUGUUGAUCGUUUCUUUGAUUGGUUUGAUGUUGUUUGGUGUGGUGAGAAGGAGACUAGAGAGGGCGAGGAAGAGAGCGUUGAUGGAGGAUUGGGAAAUGGAGUAUUGGCCUCAUCGGAUUCCGUAUGAGGAGAUUGAAUCCGGGACUAAGGGGUUCGAUGAGAAGAAUGUGAUUGGGAUUGGUGGGAAUGGGAAAGUGUAUAAAGGUUUGUUACAAGGAGGGGCUGUGGAAGUUGCGGUUAAGCGGAUUUCGCAGGAGAGUAGUGAUGGGAUGAGGGAGUUUGUGGCUGAGAUCUCGAGUCUUGGGCGGUUAAAGCACCGGAAUUUAGUUACUUUAAGAGGUUGGUGCAAGAAAGAGAUUGGUAGUUUCAUGUUGAUCUAUGAUUACAUGGAGAAUGGAAGUUUAGACAGAUGGAUCUUCGAAAGCGAUGAGAACAAAACUAUACUUAGCUGCGAAGAGAGGAUCCAGAUUUUGAAAGGUGUGGCUUCAGGAAUAUUGUACUUGCAUGAAGGAUGGGAAUCCAAGGUUUUACAUAGAGACAUCAAAGCUAGCAACGUGUUGCUUGACCGAGAUAUGAUACCGAGGCUUAGUGAUUUUGGGUUAGCUCGGGUUCAUGGACACGAGCAAGUGGCGAGGACCACUAGGGUGGUUGGUACGGCUGGCUAUUUGUCUCCUGAAGUGGUUAAGACUGGGCGUGCAUCAACACAAACAGAUGUGUUUGCUUACGGGAUACUGGUUCUUGAAGUAAUGUGUGGGAGAAGACCUAUAGAAGAAGGGAAGAAACAGUUGAUGGAUUGGGUUUGGGGAUUAAUGGAAAAAGGUGAGAUUCUAAAUGGGCUUGAUCCAAGGAUGAUGAAGACACAAGCCAUGAAUCAUGCGAUUGAUGAAGCCGAGAGAGUUUUGCAGCUUGGAUUGCUUUGCGCACAUCCUGACCCGGCCAAGAGACCGUCGAUGAGACAAGUGGUACAAGUGUUUGAAGGUGACAAAGCAGAGAUAUUUGAAGCGGAAAGUUGUGAAGAUAUAGAGUCAUGGAUGCUGAUGAAGAUGGGAUCUCGUGGGAGCUCACAGGAGUUUUGGUAUGGAAGCUCGUCGCAUCCGACUAUGGAGCAGGUCAGACUUCAGUCCUUGUCUGUGUCUAUUUCGUCUUGGAACAGCUCAAUUCUAGACGGGAGGUGAUGGAUGAAUUGGCGUAAGGAACCUCAAAAGAUGUUAGUUAUUUUUGUGGCUUUACUUUGUUUCUUAUUGAGUACAUAUACAAGGUUUUUUGUACACACAUUUCAUUAUACAUCUGUUUGUUAGUUUUUUCUUUUUCUUUUUGUUGCUAAAUAUGUAAAUAAAUAAUUUUCGAAUCAA